AUCACCUGUACAUACAGGAAGAUUAUUACAUUAAGCUAUAUUUAUAGUUUAAAGGUAUCACAACGCUAGCGUUGGAUAUUGAUAAAGGAAAAAAUGAUUAACCUGAGGAAGGACAGAUAUAUUGCUGGUAUGGUACUAAGUGGUGUUGGAGAUGCAAUUGGAUAUAAAAAUGGAAAAUGGGAAUUCUGCACUAACGCUGAGAGCAUACAUAAUGAGUUACAAGACCUUGGCGGACUCGAUGGCAUUGACGUAAAGAAACCGCAAUGGCCUGUUAGCGAUAAUACAGUUAUGCACUUGGCAACUGCAAAAGCUCUAAUUCGAAAUAAAAGCAAUGACACUGAAGACAUUAUAUUAAGGCUGAUAGCUUCUGAAUAUAAAAAGUGUAUGAAGGACAUGUCAAACAGAAGUCCAGGCAAUACCUGUGUAAGGGUGUUAAAGGACCAUGGUGGACUGCGUAUUCCAUUCAAUACUAAAGGAGGUGGAUGCGGCGCAGCAAUGCGAUCCAUGUGCAUCGGACUGCGUUAUCCAGAUCCGGAAGACAUUGACAAACUAAUUGCAGUAAGCAUUGAAUCAGGAAGAUUAACUCAUCACCACCCAACCGGGUAUUUAGGUUCUCUUGCAUCUGCUCUGUUUACAUCGUAUGCGGUUCAAAACAAACCACUCGAAAAAUGGGGUGUGGGGCUGCUAUCUACAUUGAAGAAAGCAAAAGAAUACAUAGAAAAAAAAGGAAUUUGUGUUCAAGAAAAUAUUGAUAACUGGGGCUAUUUUGAAUCGAAGUGGCAUUUCUAUCUUGGACUCAGAAACAUUCUGGACGGAGGCUCUCAGCCACGUUUUCCACCAGACUAUCAUCAGCCAAAGAAACGCGACCAGUUUUACACUUUCUUGAGUUAUGUUGCCUGUGGUGGGGCUAGCGGUCACGAUGCUCCGAUGAUUGCAUACGACGCAAUUCUUGCCUGCAACCGAAGUUGGAAAGACCUUUGUUAUAGAGCGAUGCUUCACGGAGGCGACAGUGACAGCACCGGAGCUAUCGCAGGUUGCCUAUAUGGCGUUCUGUAUGGAUUUGAGAAUGUUCCAGAAUAUAACCACAAAUCCAUUGAAAAACACACGGCUUUGGAAUCAACAGCAAAACUUUUAUUUGAACUUGCAAAAGGAAAUCAGAUCAGUGAUGAGUACGUUAACGACGAACCUGAAAAUUCCAGCAGUCUUUCUUGUUGCGCCAUUUAAAAUAUCUAAUUAUAUUUGUUGUCAUAACCUUUCAACAAAACAUGAUACUCUCUGCAACAGUCGUCUCAAAAUUUAACAAGUAUGUGACCGUUUGAGCAUAAAAGCUAAUGUGAACAUUAUUCGUUAUCCAUUCAACCUUUUCAACCAGUUCUCCGUAAACCAGUGGUAAAUGCAUGCAAUGCCUUCAUUUUUGAAACGCCAUGGAUUCAAAUUCCAUCGGGAGUUUGACAUUUUAUACUGAAAUUAUUAAUAGUCAUUCCAAUGUGACUUUAUGUCAAAGUCUCGUGUAGUGCUGAAUAUUUUCAUAUAUCCUGCAAACAAAUCAAAGUAAAGCUGUCUAUCUGAGGCUGGAAACGUCUGAUGUAUUAAACAAUCUUUCGUUGGUGACUUAAUAAACUAAUACUCUGUUCAGACUUGUGUGUUAAAUGUGUUUUAAAACGGUUUUAUUUUUUAAUUCAGCUUGCGUCCACAAACGAUGUGUAUUAAUAAAAUACCAAUGGCAGUUUUAAUGUUACAUUAAAAUUGAAUCUACAUUUAUUGACUAAAGUGAACACACAUGUGGAAUAUUACGGUUUUAAAAUCUAUUUACGGCUACCCCACCAAAUCAGACCUUUUGGUGGGAGAAUAUCGCAUUAUUUAGUUUAAUAUUUAUAAACAAUGGAUUCAAUGACCUUCUUCAUGUAUCAGCAGG